AUGAAUUAUUUGCGACGGCGUUUGUCGGACAGUACAUUUAUCUCCAACCUACCAAAUGGCUACAUGACGGACCUCCAGAGGCCUGACCCUGCUCAGCCUGCCCCAGCUGCCACCACCACCCCAGCCAAGUCGCCUACAGCUGGGCCCAUGCCUCCGGCCACUUCUCCUACUCCGGAGAAAAAACCUCAGCCGACUCAAUCCACUGGAGCGGGUUUCUUCAGCUCCAUCACCAAUGUCGUCAAGCAGACAGCUGCUUCAGCAGGGCUAGUAGAGCAAACCUCAGUCACGACACCCAAGAAGUUCAAGAUUCUCUUGAUCAUCGAUGAACAGCAGCAAGAGUGGACAAAGUUAUUCCGGGGGAAGAAAAUAUAUGGAGAUUAUGACAUCAAAGUGGAACAGGCAGAGUUCAGUGAGAUCAACGUCAUGGCCCAGGCCAAUGGAACAAGCAGUGUUACGAUGCAGGUUUACAGAAAUGGCACAAAAGUUGUCAGGUCAUUCAAGCCAGACUUUGUGCUUAUCCGCCAGCAUGCUUUCAGUAUGACCCAGAAUGAAGAUUUCCGUAACCUUAUAAUCGGUCUGCAGUACGGAGGUGUUCCGAGCAUUAACUCGUUGGAGUCCAUCUACAACCUCUGUGACAAGCCCUGGGCGUUUGCCCAACUUAUCAACACCUUUAGGAGGCUGGGCGCUGAUAAGUUUCCACUGAUUGAGCAGACUUUUUAUCCAAACUACAAGGAGAUGGUCAGCAUGCCAUCCUUCCCUGUAGUUGUCAAGAUUGGACAUGCCCACUCUGGCAUCGGAAAGGUAAAGGUUGACAACCACAGUAAGUUCCAGGACAUUGCCAGUGUUGUGGCACUCACCCAGACAUACACCACCACUGAGCCUCUCAUUGAGUCCAAGUAUGAUAUCAGAAUCCAGAAGAUUGGAGCAGACUACAAAGCCUACAUGAGAACAUCUAUGUCAGGCAAUUGGAAAACCAACACUGGCUCAGCGAUGCUGGAACAGGUGGCCAUGACUGAAAAAUACAAGCUGUGGGUUGACACUUGCUCAGAGAUUUUUGGGGGUCUGGAUAUUUGCGCGGUCAAGGCCAUUCAUGGGAAAGAUGGGAGAGAUUACAUCACAGAGGUGGUAGGCUCAUCCAUGCCAUUGGUUGGGGAGCACCAAGCCGAGGACAGACAGCUCAUUUCUGACAUGGUGCUGGCUAAAAUGAAUCUGCUCGCAGAAAAGGAAGCAAACACCCCCCAAAAACCCAUGACCGUGCAACCAUCCCAGGGUACGGGCCAGAAAGGGGAAAUAAUAGGUGAGACCAUGAAGAACGGUGCCGCCCGCCCUCCUCAAGGUUGUCUGCAGUACAUCCUUGACUGCAAUGGAGUGGCUGUGGGUCCGAAACCAGUCCAGGCUAACUGA